UCAUCGUUGUGACUUGUGUAAUGUGUGUGCAGUGUAUUGUAUUGGUAUAAAACGUUAUUCGGUAAACUACUUCAUUUUCUUAUUCGAUUUUGCAUCAAAUCAUUUUUCAAGACGAAUGAUACGCCGUUCUUGUUAAGUAGUAUAGUUAUAGUUAAAUUGUCAUUAUAAUUUUGUUGAAGUUAAAUAUUUUAACCAUAAAAGACAACGUAAAUACAAUUGUAAUUUAUCUUGUGCAAACAUAUUUUUCUUCGUAUUAUUGAACAGAAGUAUUAUUUCUAAAAUAAUUAUAAUCAAUGGCUCAAAACGUAAAUCCUAGACUUGAAAGUAGUUCUUCAAAUUCUCCAAAAAGAAGUGAAGAUAUGAGUGACAAAAUUGAAUCCAAUAAAGUCGUACAAAGAUUGCAAAAAGAACUUAUGAGCUUAAUGAUGUCUUGUGACCAGUCAGUCUCUGCUUUUCCGGAUGGUGACAAUCUUUUUCGAUGGGUUGCUACUAUUGUUGGUCCUAAAGAUACAGUUUAUGAAAAUUUAAAAUAUAAAUUAAAUAUGGAAUUCCCCCGUGGCUAUCCGUACAAACCACCAACUGUUACAUUCAUAACUCCAUGUUUUCAUCCGAAUGUUGAUUUUGAAAGUGGUGCCAUUUGUUUGGAUAUAUUAAAAGAUAAAUGGUCUGCUAUGUAUGAUGUCAAAGCCAUUCUUAUAUCAUUGCAAUCUCUUCUUGGAGAGCCAAAUAAUGAAAGUCCUUUAAAUGUUAAAGCAGCACAACUGUGGCCUAGACAAGAAGUUUUCAAAGCAACAUUGUUAAGCACUUAUAAAGAAUCCGAAUCUAACUGAUACUUCAAAGCUGGUGUAGGAUUGUGUCAAACAAUAAUAUUUUUCAUAUAUAUAUAUAUAAUUAUUAAUUAGUAAAAAGAUUGUCUUUAUUUAUUUUUUGUUUGCCUGUAAAGGAUUGUUUCUCUAAACUACUAGUUAUAACGGACGCCAGAAUGUUUAUUUUCUGUAUUAUACAACUCAUUUAAUAUUUUAGUACUGAUGUAAUUCUUAUCAUAGUUUCAUACAAAUAUUUAUUUGUGUAUUUUGUAUGUUGAAUAUGUUUUUUACCAUUAUGUUAAAUUAAAAAAAACAUUCCAACUUAGGUUUCAAUUUAACGAUAAAAAUGCUUUUGCUUAGGUUAACAGUCUGUUGUGUAUUAUCUAGUUUUGAGAAUGUCAUAACUUAUAAUGAAUUUACAUUUGACCCCUUUAUAACUGUAUUCCAAUUUGUUAAAAGGUCAUUAGUCGAUAAAUUAGAAUUUUUGGGAAAUUGAUAAAAACAUAUCAUAUGCACUGUUAUAUCAUACGAACAUAAAAUAUUCAUUUAUCUGUCGCAUCUGUCAAAAAAAGUGAAAAUGGCUGAAAUGAAGAAUGAUACCCUUUUAACAAAUUGGCAUUCAAUUGCUUUAUAAUUUUUUUUUCUCCAGUGAAAUUUGGUUAACAAAUUCUGGAGAAAAUACAAUUUGGAUUAAAAAAACGUGUUUAGUAUUUGAAAACCACAUUCGAAAUAAGCCUCUGAUUUUAAGUUGGCUAAUAAGGAUUAGAUAAAUAAGUAAUAACAUGAUUUUGUAUUAUGAAA